UGCCUACAGUUUACACUGUACUGACUGUAAACACUGUACCACACUGAACUCGUUUAUCUUGGAAAUUAUAUGGGCACGUCGCGCGUACCCAAGCCGAGUCCAUUGUCCACUUCGCUCUGUACCGCCAACAGCUCGUCACUCCUCAGCAGUGAACAAUGGAGAGCGGCUGGAUCGCCCUCAUCGUUCUCGUGGGCUCCUGCGUGCUUUCGUGGCUCUGGUCUCUGCUGACUGCGCCACGCUUCAAUGUGCGCGGCAAGCACGUGCUGUUUACUGGCACUGAAAAUCCGUUGGGGCUGGCAAUUGCCAAGAAGUAUGUCAAGAAGGGGGCAAAUGUGUCGCUGAUCGGCCCUACGAUGGAAAUUCUCAAGGCAGCGCAAAGUGAACUCCAGAAAGUGGCAGGAGAAGAUGCCUCGGUGUUCGUGUUCGAGUGUGAACUCGUGGACUCAAAGCAAGUGGAACAGGCAGUGCAAGAGGCCAAUACCUUCCACGGACGAGCCACAGAUCACAUCGUGUACGCAGCCAGCAGACGCAUCAAGCCCGGGUACUUCUGGGAACAGGAUGUUGCACUGAUGAAAGAGGCUAUGGAUGUCAACUACCUUGGUGCUGUUGUCCUCAUCAAGGCUGCUCUGCCAGCGAUGAUUGAAGCGAAAAACCGUGGACGCAUCGUGUUUGUGAGCAGCGUGGACAGUCUCGAAUUCCCUGUGGGUUGCGGUGCCUGCAGUGGCUCGAAGAGCGCCAUUCGAGGACUGGCUGACAGCUUGCGGAACGAGCUGCUGCUGUACAACAUCUCGGUGGCGGUCUUUUAUCCAGGCACGUCUUCCUACAACCUCUUGGACACCUCAAAGAGCUUUAAAUCCCCUGCAACUUCCAACGAGGCUGGCGAAGAGAGCGCAAACGAGGGCAGCAUCACAACGGGAUAUUCAACAUUCACAGAUCAAAGUCCGGCAGCGACGAAAUCAUUCGACAAGAAAGCGAAAGUUCUCUUCAAUGGUCUGUGGUUUGGCCAGUACUCGAUUACUACCACGUGGAACGGCUUCUUGUUGCGUAUGCUCAGCAACGGCGUUGCACCUCGCAACAAUACCUUCCUGGAGUGGAUUUCCCUCUUCUUCGUCGGAGGAUAUCAUUUCUUACGCCAAAAGGUGAAGGAGACAUCGUUAAAGGCACCGACCCGUGCUGGUACCGCUGCUCACGUCUAAAAUUCUUGACACCGAAUUUCCCACUUGGAAUUCUGAAUUCUGUUAGCAGAUUGGAUAAAAACACAAACGAACACCAGUACGAAGACGAGAAACGCAAUUGUUUGACUAACAUUUACUUAAGCUCAGUGCAGGAUCAUCAUUGUGAUGGUUUGGUACUCUGGUUAGAGUUAGUUGGAUGGUGGGAACUCCACGAUCUUAAGUUGAACGCCCUGAGCAUCAGGAACAGUUUGGUCUCCAUUCAUCACUCGAUUCGUUGAUUUCGAACUGGUACUGGAUAUGGACGCACCAUUAAGCUUGUAGCGCAAGUGAACCAGUAAAUUUCGCGUUGCCACUUCAUCAUAUUGCUCCAGCAUAAGCACACUGAUUUCCUUCGC